AUGACAAGUACCAUUUUAUAUCAGAUCCUAAAAAAGGAAAAAAGCCCAGAAUUGAAGUAAGAUUUAUGUAUGAUAAACCCAAUACAAAACCAGAGACAUGGUACAAAAUUGAGACAUACAAAGACCUGACAAGAACCUAGGAUUUUAACUAGAGUGUAGUGAUGCGCAAACCUCAAGAAAUCAUACCCCUCUUUGCUUCAUUACUAGACACAUGUUCAUCAACCAAGAACUUGCAGAAACUCAAACUAGUACAUGCAAAAACCAUAAUCUUGUCAAUUUCGGACAAAGAUUUCAUUAGAGUGAAGCUUAUUUCUUGUUACUCGUCUUGUCAACAAAUGCACCAAGCUUCUUACAUUUUCUCGACAAUGAAUGAAGGAAAUAGAAAGCCCACUUUCCUAUUUAAUUCUCUUAUCAGAGGCUACAAUUCUGUUCACCUUUAUGAAGAGUCUAUCAAUGUGUUUGCUUAUAUGGUUAGUGUGAGUAAACAAGUUGACAAGAACACUUUGCCUGGAGUGCUUAAAGCGUGUGGGGGGCUUUCGGGGCUGAGAGUUGGGAGAGUUGUUCAUGGGUUUGUUGUGGCAAAUGGGUUUGUGUUGGAUUUGGCGAAUCUGAAUGGGUUGGUGACAAUGUAUGGGAAAUGUGGGGAUUUGGUGAGUGCACGGAGGGUGUUUGAUGGAAUGUCUGAGAGGAAUUUGAUUACUUGGUCUGCGAUGAUGGGCGGGUAUGGGAUGCAUGGGGAGUUUGGGGAGGUUUUUGGGUUGUUUGAGAGGAUGGUGGGGUGUGGGUUGGUGCCUGAUGGGGUGACUUUUACGACGGUUUUGUCGGCGUGUAGUCAUGGUGGUUUUGUGGAUAAAGGGGUGGAGUAUUUUGAGAUGAUGAAGGGGAGGUUUGGGGUGAGGCCUAGUUUGGAGCAUUAUACUUGUAUGGUGGAUUUGUUAGGGAGGGUAGGGAGGUUGGAUGAAGCAGAGAGAUUGCUCGAGGACAUCGGAGAAGUGGAGCCUGAUAGCGCUUUGUUGGGUGCAUUGUUGGGAGCUUGUAAGAUGCAUGGGAGGGUGGAAGUGGCUGAAAGGGUGGCUGAGAAGCUGUAUGGAAGAAGGUUAAUUGCAUAAUCUCCAAGAUUUAUGACUAGGUAAAAUUUGAUAGGCAAUCUUGUACCUUUGAAAGAUUUAGAGUAACAAUUACAAUCGAAAAGGUUGAGAUUCAUACUUCAC